CGUAUCGAAACUGUAUAACAUCAACAGAGGUAGUCAGUUUAGAUCAGAUUUUGUAACCAGAGUUUCGUAAAUUUGUUGUGUUUUUUGGAAGACCCUAGUUGACUUAAGAAAAUCGUAAUGGCCGACAAUAAUACGAUGUCAGAGACCGAGGAAAUGAUUCCUGUUUUUCUGGAGAAUGUAGAUGAAAAGGAGCAGGUGCGUCGGAUAAGUGCCUACCUCCAAAACCUGCGAGAUCGAUUGCGAGAGGGCAUCCAACAGCACCAGAUGGUCGUUCAGUCUUCGUUGCAACUACUUAAGGAGGUGGGCGACGUGAACAACAUGAUGCAGUUGGCGAGGAGUGGCCACCAGCCCCAGGCCACCAAGAUCCGGCGCCUGAUCAUGGGUUUCGAAACGGCUAAUGCGGCGAACGCCCCGCAAAUCCCCACUGUGGCAGGUAUAAGUUUGCCCUCGGAUUUGUCCGAGAUUCAUGGACUUUUAGUGGAGUUCGAGCACCUCAAUGAGAGCCAAGUUUUGCGGGAGAGCCUACUCAGCUUCAAACGUGCCCGGGAAUCGCUGGAGAAGGUUCUCGGCUUUCUAGAGAAGAUUGGCAACGAAUCUCCAAGGCCAUCUCCUCAAGGAAGCCAGCUGUUUGGGAGUCCAAGUGCCAGUCGCAGCCUCCGCGAGAAGAUCGAGGCCUUCAACAAGGUCUUGGAGGCGGCUCCCGAGAAGUUGGGCGACACCUGCCGUCACUUCACAGAGUGCUUCUGCAGCUGCUGCAGCUUAGAAGAGUCCCACGAAUCUGGAGGACAAAAACCCCUCCCUGUCGCCUCGAAAACCAAUUCGGGAUACGAAGGUGACAUCGACAGCGAGGUGGAGCAGGCGGAUAAGUUCACCUCCACGGAGGCCGUUCUCUAAAUGAUUGGCUGGUAAUGAACUCAAAAAGUCUGUCGCGGAAAAAGGGAAUACAAAUUAAAAGUAUCUUUUGGAUGACUGCAAAAAGUUUCAAGAUAAAUAUUUUACGUUUUAUGGAUAUACAGGACGAAUAUAAAGAAUAAAAAAUUAAAAAAAA